AUGCUGCUUCUGCUGCUGGCGUUGCCCGCGGUUCUCUGCCCGGGAGGUGGCGGGGAAGAAGCCUUUCAGGGGCCCACGUCCUACCACGCCAUUCAGAUCUCAUCCUUUAUCAAUAGCAGCUGGGCCCAGACCCAGGGCUCGGGAUGGUUGGGCGACGUGCAGAUUCAUGGCUGGGACAGCGCUGCGAACAGGGUGGUUUUCCUAAAGCCCUGGUCCAGGGGGAACUUCAGUGAUGAGGAGGUGACUCAGCUGGAGGGGCUCAUCCAGGUCUACCUCGAUGGCUUCGUCCUAGAAGUGCAGGACCACGCCUCGGAGUUCCAGGUGGAAUACCCCUUCAAGAUCCAGGGCAUAGCAGGCUGUAAGCUGCACUCGGGUGGGGGCACCGUGAGCUUCCUGCGGGGAGCUCUAGGAGGACUGGACUUUUUGAGUCUCAAGAAUUACUCCUGCGUGCCCGCCCCAGAGGGCGGCAGCCGGGCGCAGCGCAUCUGUGAGCUCCUAAGUCAGUACAAAGGCAUCCAGGAUAUUGGGGAGAAGCUCCUCUUUGAAACAUGCCCUCGGUACCUCCUGGGCGUCCUCGAUGCAGGGAAGGCCGAGCUGCAGAGGCAAGUGAAGCCGGAGGCCUGGCUGUCCACUGGCCCCAGUCCGGGUCCCGGCCGUCUGCUGCUGGUGUGCCACGUCUCUGGCUUCUACCCCAAGCCGGUGUGGGUGAUGUGGAUGCGGGGCGAGCAGGAGCAGUGGGCCACCCAGCGAGGCGACGUCCUGCCCCAUGCUGAUGAGACGUGGUAUCUCCGAGUGACCCUGGACGUGGCGGCCCAGGAGGCAGCUGGCCUGUCGUGCCGAGUGAGACACAGCAGUCUAGGGGGCCAGGACAUGGUCCUCUACUGGGGAAACCCCAUCUCCAUCGGCUUGAUAUUUUUGGCAAUAAUAGUGCUCUUCUUGAUCCUUUUGAUAGGUCUUCUGCUUUGGUUUUUGAAGGGCUGCUCCCUGACUCUGUGGAACUUUCUGCUCAGCUUCUUGGCCUCUCAGGUGCCACUCUUGGGAUUGGAGGUAGGGCUUGAUUACCUGCCCUGGAGUGUGGGCUGGACUCACUUCCAAUGGACAGAGUGUGGACAGGAUGACGGGGCCGAGGAGCUUGCACACAGGUUUACAGAAUGUGGGAGCGACAUGGACACAUUGAUCCUCCGGGUUCUGGAAAGGACACAGGAGGUUCCGCUGGGGCGUCUCGCUGCCCUGGUCUCGUGGGGCUUGUGCGGUGCACGUGUGCACGUGUGCAGACACAUGGCUCCACCAGGAGCGCGGACCCGGUCACUGCUGCGCGCGCCAGCGCUCCUGCACCCGGCUCAGCGGGCCAGAGCGCCUCUGCACCGGGCCUCCUGGGUCCGCGUCUGGCUCCGCCUUUUGCAGACGCCGCUGCUGCACCCGCGGGUUCCUCCGCGUGUGUCCUGCCCUCGGCAGGUUGAACCCUUUUCACCUGCCCUCUGCUUUGAAGGACUUAAACCUUCUCUUCCGCAGUUGGGUCUUUUCACCAUUUUCCAGCAUGAGAACGGAUUUAAGUGUCUUUUUACAGCACACAUUUUUAAACGUUUUAAGUGUUUUGGAGAUAGCUAA